CUAUUUUAGUCCAUAACUUCUUUUCCCCAAAGAAUAUUGCUCUCUUCUUCGCGGGUUCCGUCGCAACUAAUUUUCACCUCCCCAACUUCUGCCUGACUUUCUUCCGUAGGGCUGCUGGUAUCCGAUUCUUGUUUACAAUCUGUUCCCAUUCUUCCUUUGCUAUCUUCGCUGCUAACAUUGUUGAAAUUGUUCGGUAUUGCCAUUUCCCGAGUUUGAAUAGCUUCUUGUAGGGAUUGGCUCUCAACCGAAGGCCAUUCAGUAGCAGGACUGGAACUACAAUAGAGUAAUGGCGUCUUCAGAUGAUGAGGCUGAGACCUUACCAGUACCACCUGUCUCAAAUUAUCACUUUGUGGAUCACAAGGAAGAACCUAUUUCAUUCUCUAUUUUGCCGAUUAAAUGGGAUGAAGGGGAGAGAUUGGAGGGCAGUCAAGAACCUGUUUUCCUCCAUGGUACAGUUGAUAAUGGACUUCAAAAGGUUUAUAAACAGGUUACCGCAUGGAGAUUUAAUAUUUCUGGUUCAAAGCCAGAGAUAUCGGUGCUUUCCAAAGAGAAUGUGUGGAUUACACUUCAGAAGCCUAGAAAGAGCUUUGAGGAUACCAUUAGAACCAUCUUGAUCACAGUGCACUGCCUUCAUGCUUUGAAGAGGAAUCCAGAUACAUCUAGCAAAUCUUUGUGGGAUCUAUUAGCUAAAACCUUUAGCUUGUAUAAAGUGAGGCCUUCCCAGAAUGAUUUGGUGGAUCACAUGUCAUUAAUCGGAGAAGCAGUUAAAAGGGAUGAUAUAUUGGCCAAGUCCCAGUUCUUACUUGCAUUCCUUGAAGAGAAGCCUGUUAAGAGAAUGUCAUGUCAUGAGUUGUUCUUUCAGGAUGCUCAACGUAAUAUGCAGCCAAGUUUUAUAGUUGAUGAUUCAGAUGAUGAAGACAUGGUUGAUGAUGCUGUUGAAGAGGAAAGUGAUGAUGAUGCUGUUGAAGAGGAAAGUGAUGAUGAUGUCUUUGAUUCUGUCUGUGCAUUUUGUGAUAAUGGUGGCAACAUUAUAUGCUGUGAUGGGAGGUGCAUGAGGUCCUUUCAUGCAACUGAAGAGGAUGGUGAUUGUUUCUCGCUCGGUCUCUCUAAAGAAGAAGUAGAUGCAAUUGAAACCUUUAUUUGCAAGAAUUGCGAGUACAAACAGCACCAGUGCUAUGCUUGCGGGAAUUUAGGUUCAUCUGAUCAGUCUUCUGGUGCUGAGGUCUUCCAAUGCGUAAAUGCAACUUGUGGUUAUUUUUAUCAUCCUAAAUGUAUUUCAAGAUUGCUUCAUCCGGAGAAUAAAGUUGCCGCUGGAGACCUUGAGAAGAAGAUUGCAUCUGGAGAAUCUUUCUCAUGCCCUGUGCAUAAGUGCUCUGUUUGUGCGCUCGGCGAAAAUAAGAAAAUAUGGGAACUACAGUUUGCUGUUUGUCGACGGUGUCCAAAAUCAUACCACAGGAAAUGCUUACCAAGGAAAAUCACUUUUGAAGGUUCUGAGGAUGGUGAAACCCCGACCAGGGCAUGGGAAAAGCUAUUACCUAAUCGCAUUUUGAUAUAUUGCUUGUAAGAUUGCUGUGUCAGCUGUUACUA